CUGUGGUAUAAAAUUAAAAGAAGCCGAAACUUCAAAACAGCUGAUGAGUGAUGAAAAUUGGUUAAAGAAUUUCUUAGAGUAAUUUGUUAUAAAAUAUCGAAUCUCAUAAUGGCAGAGAUACAAACAUUAAUCGAAAUGGGUUUUCCUAAAGAGCGAGCUGAGAAAGCUCUUGCUGUAACAAAUUACAAGGGUGUUGAGCCAGCUAUGGAGUGGCUUCUAGCUCACGCUGAUGAUCCUGAGCCAAGUACGGGACGGACUAUUGCUGAAUCUUCUAAUUCAUCUAGUGCUGAACCCGCAACGUCAGAACCGCCCCCGGCGUCUGAAGCCAGCGAUCAAGAAGCGAAAUCCUUUAAAUGUGAUGAGUGCAACAAAUUGUUCAAGAAUCAAGAUGAAAUGGAGUUCCACGCUGCUAAAACGAACCAUAGCAGUUUUUCAGAGUCAACAGAAGAAAAGAAACCGCUGACUGAAGAAGAAAGGAAGGCGCAGUUAGCGCUACUUGAAGAAAGAAUGAAACAGAAACGAAAAGAACGCGAGGAGAGAGAGAAGGCUGAGGCUUUAGAACGUGAAAGACUACGCAUUAAAUCCGGUAAGGAUCUUCAAGAGGCUAAACAGAGACUGCAAGAACAAGAGAUGCAGAAGUUAGUUGAACAAAGACGUAGAGAGAAGUUAGAGGACCAGAAAGCUAGGGAGCGUGUUCGGGCACAAAUCGAGGCUGAUAAACAGGCUCGGAAACUAGCAGCAUCAGGUCAACCGGCCCCCGAGCCGACCCCAGCCCCGGCCCCCGUCACUAACCCUACUCCAGCCCCAAAGGUCUCGUACGAUCAAGCUCGGAUCCAAUUACGGUUUCCCGAUGGACAAACUCUCUCACAUACAUUCUCGGCCAAAGAACAACUCGCUGCUGUUAGACUAUAUCUCCAAGUGAACAUGCCUGGAUAUGCAGAGAAUGAAAACUAUAAAUUAAUGACAACAUUCCCGAAAAAGAUAUUCUCAUCAGAAGACUACGACAAAACGUUAGAACUAUUAGGAUUGGUGCCGUCGGCGGUUAUAAUCGUUUCCAGAGCUGCUCAAUAAAAAAUCUUUUUUUAUGUAUUUCAGGGCUAUGGUAGUGUUGUGUUGUGAAAAAAAAAAUAUUUAUAAAAUAAAACAUGUGUAAUUUAUUCCAACUUCUGCUAAAGUUGUGGCCAUAAAUCCAAUAAAGUUUGAGAUGUAAAUGAACAAAUUAUUAUUUUUCAUGUUAUCUAAUAUUUCAUAUACCUACCUCUGUUUAAGGUAAUUACGAAAAUGUAAUUAUUUCAUUCUGUGUUAUAUGGUAUGUAUCAAAUAUAAUUAAAACUUUUUUCACAAAU